AUGGCGGAUUUAAAGGUCAUCCAGGUUCCUCCUACCAAUUAUAUAUCCAUUGGUCUAUUUUUGGGCUACCUUUCCAUAGUGAUAGGCCUGGGUUUCACCUGCUUUAACAUCAUCUAUGUUCGGUAUCUAGCACGACAAAAGAAAAAUGACUGGGCCACCCCUCAACGACCUGCACACUUUGCUCUUUUUCUCUUUCUGUCAGCUUUGAGCAUCGGUACUACAUGGUUCUACAUGAUCACAUAUUUUGUGGGCUCCUACAAUAAUUGGGCAAACAGCCUUGAAGGAGUUGCGUAUUCGCAGAUAUCCACUUCCACCAUCACUCGCAUGGACCUCUGGCUGCAAAAAACGCUACUCUUUCAAGAAGCAUGGGAGACGGCAGUAGAGAAUCCAACUCGGUUCUGGUGGAGUGGGCAGAUCUUUGGUUGGACCAUCGGAUGGAGUCUUUUUGUUGGAAUUGUGGGUCGGAGAUAUCGGAUUCCCUAUCUCUGGGUCUACAUGCUUCUAGCUCAGUUGGUUAGUGUCUCCUUCGCUGCGAACCUCUUCUUUGUCGCGGUAGUCGUAUCUCAACGACCGAAUGAGAAAGAUAUCACUUUCAUAUGGUACCCAAAAUUGUCAUAUGAACUCGUUCCGGUAGCUUUUUCGCUUCUCGACACAGUCGCUGUUCCGAUAUUUGCACACAAGAAAGAAUUCAUGCCUAUUCUACUCGCGGCCCAUCUUAUGGUUUUCAUUCCUUGUAUCUUGGGUCCGAAAGGUUCUGUUUCAAACAUCACUAAGCAGCAGGGAGAAAAAACUACUCGGCGAUAUGCCGGCUUCAUUCAGUGGGUUGCGGCAGCUUCUAUUAUCUUGCAGGCAUACUUGACUGCUCUGAUGAUGCGUGAUAUCGGAACAGAGGUAUCCUAUACUGAGCUUGUUCGUCGGUUGCUGGUUGCGAUCUACGACCAUCCCGCUUGUAGCAGUGUAAGCUGGGAUGUGAUCAAUUGCACACUGAGCGCUAUUGCCUGGGUUGUUGUUCAUGGCUUCAAUGUAGACAGAAUGCUCGGAGCGCAUUGA